UGUUACUUUUCUGAAAAUUGUGCUAUGUAAAUCCCUUAUAAAUAUUUAAAUCUAAGAAAUGUAUUUUCUGAAAAGGAGUAGUCUCCCUCAUUUCGCAUCAUUUGCGUUUUUUAUGGUUAGGUCUUUUUCGUUGUUCUUCUUUUCUGUUUAAAGCUGAAGUGAGACCUUACAUGUGGGAGUAGUGUGACUAACUGUACUUGCCGAGCUUGUCUUUAUUCAAAUGUAUAGUGAGGAAGUAGACAUAGCCCGGAAAAACGAUAUUGCUGUUUAUUCAGCUGCCAAAAGCAAUGCGCCUGCUGCCUCUCUGUUUUCUGUUGUUUAAAGUGUCUCGUGCUGAGGACCUCACCCCUGUGUCAGCAUAUGUGGGGGAGAAUGUCACGCUGCGUUCAGGUGCCGAUCCAAAGUGGGAACUUACAGACAUCACCUGGUCUAUAUGGCCCAACACCACAUGGAUUGCCACAUAUUCAAACGAUGGACUUAACCAGAACCAAUUUUAUAAAUACAUUGGGAGGCUUCAUCUGAACACAUCUACAGGGGAUUUGAUGAUAAAAAAUGUGACCAGUGCAGAUGAGCUGGAAUACACUGUUGAUUUCUACAGCUCUGAUGGACGUAAUCAAGUUAACAAAAUCAAACUCAACAUAAAACAGCAACUGCUGGAGCCUGUCAUUGAAAUAAUUCAAAAGCCAAUAAAAGACAGCUGUGUAGUGACCCUGAACUGCUCCUCUUCAAACACUGGGGUCUCUCUGUCCUGGAGAUCGAACCCUCGACUCCAAAUGGAGUGGAUCACUGGAUUCAAUAGCAACAUUUUCCUGGCCAUUCUCGAUACUCAGAGAACCAUAGACAUCACUUGCAUCGCCACAAAAAACAUGGAUAACAAUACACGCACCAUCCAUGUGAAAUGCAGCUCACCUCCUCCAUGCACCACUGUUACUUCCCCUACUCUCACACCCCAAGGAAUCAGAGAUCAUAUACUGGCAAUUAAUGCUGUGGCAGUUUUUGUUAUUUUGUGCACAUUAUUUUUUUUUGUAACUAAACGAAGAGGACGUUUGGGUUCCUGUUCACCAGAAGGAAGCAAUACUAAGUUGUAACCUUUAAGACAUUGGAAGUUUUACAGCACUGUGACAUUGAAAUGUUUAUUUAUUAUCAAUAAAUAUUAUAUUUUUUCACA